AUGGCAGCAGCUCCAGUCAGGCAAUGGGGCUUGACGCCAGCUAUAUCCUCCGCAUUGCCAACUCCUGCAGAUGUUUCGUUAAACAGUGCGCUUAUUGAAGAACUCAAGCGCCAGAACAAUUAUGAGACAACAUUGCAACUUCUCUACAAAGUCACCGUUGAAUUCGUGAAAGAAGUAUGCCGAAAGAAAGGCUUUUCAGAAGCGUCAAUAGCACAGUUUGGCGGCAAAAUAUUCCCAUAUGGUAGCUACAGGCUUGGUGUCUAUGGUCCGGGUUCCGACAUUGAUACACUUGUUGUCGCUCCAAGACAGGUCAAGCGCGAAGACUUCUUUGAGCUGUUCCCUACAAUCCUCAAGCGCAUGGUUCCCACCAAAGACAUUGGCGAUAUGACAGCCGUGCCCGACUCAUUUGUGCCUAUCAUCAAGAUGGAGCUCUGUGGCAUUGAUAUUGAUCUCAUCUUCGCCCGCAUACCCACUCUCAACGCAAUUCCUCUGCACCUCGACCUCCGCGACACAAAGCUAUUAGAAGGCAUGGAUCAGGCUGAGAUCAAGUCCGUCAACGGGACUCGGGUCACAGAUGAGAUCCUUGGCUUGGUACCACAACCCAAGACAUUUCGAACGGCUCUGAGAGCGAUCAAGCUUUGGGCACAGCGACGAGCUAUAUAUGCCAACAUACUGGGUUUCCCAGGAGGUGUUGCUUGGGCUAUGCUGGUUGCUCGUGUCUGCCAGCUUUAUCCUACCGCCACUGGCUCGACCAUUAUCCAGAAGUUCUUUUUCAUCAUUGGUCAAUGGAGUUGGCCAUCUCCAAUUAUGCUCAAAGCCAUCGAGACCGGAAAGGAGAAGACUUGGAACCCGCAGAUCUACUCAGGCGACAAGAAGAAUCUCAUGCCUGUCAUCACUCCUGCUUACCCAAGUAUGUGUGCGACUUUCAACAUCUCAAAAUCCGGCAAGACGAUCAUCCUGAAGGAACUGAAAAGAGGCGAAGAGAUUGUUAAGAAAAUUGUUGAAGGCAAGUCGCCAUGGAGUGCACUAUUCGAUCGACACACCUUUUUCACCCAGGAUCACCGAUACUACCUUAAUGUCAUUUCAAGCUCAAACAACAAAGACGCUGCGCUUGCGUGGUCUGGUCUCGUCGAAUCCAAGGUACGCAUUCUAGUCAUGAAGCUUGAAGAACAGGCAGAUAUGAUCGAGCUUGCGCGACCCUUCAUCAAAGGAUAUGAACGAGUUCACAAAGUCAAGAGCGAUGCUGAAGCCGAUGAGGUCAAAAAAGGCAGCGUAAAACAUCAAGUACUGGAGACCAAGACUACCGACGAGACGCAUGAACCGGCCCGAGUGGUUGCAGCAGAGACGGGUACGGUAGUUGGGGACGCAAAGAAUGCGCAUGCGGAGACGAAUGGGAAUAACGAAGUCCAAACGAUCUACACUACCACAUUCUAUGUUGGCAUCGAGCUGACAGCAGCUGCUACGAAGAAUCUUGAUAUCUCUUUUGCCAUCAGCUUCUUCAAAAACACCUGUACAUCCUGGCAGAACUGGCAAGAAAAUUUGCAUGAAGUGAACGUCGUGCCGAUCAAAUGCUAUGAUCUGCCCGACGACGUGUUCGACAAAGAGAAAGGAGAUGUGAAGCCAACGAAGCCGAAGAAGAAGGCGCCAUUGUCGAAGAAGGCAGUCAACUCGACCGUGCAGAAGAGAAGCUUCUCAGACAUCGAGAAGCUCUUCUACUCCACGAUCCACCGUAACUACUGCCUCUGGAACGAAAUGAGAUCUAUGCCAUCCUCCCAAGCCGAAAGAGCGAUGCUCGUGGCGCCUUCCAAGGGCAGUAACCAGCACAGAAAAUACCAUGGACAAUACAAAGCCUGGCUCCGUUGGUUCUUUUCCGACUCAUGGGCACUUGAGUACCUUGCAAUGACCAUAGCUGGUGCUGCGCUGGCUACCAUAUUUACCACCCUCAUGUUAUACAACGGGAAACCACUUAACAGCUGGCCACAUUCUAUUCAGCUGAACACUGUUCUGUCCACACUUGCCACGAUCAUGAAGGGAUUCAUGCUGAUGCCGGUGUGCGCAUGUCUCAGUCAGCUUAAGUGGCUAUGGUAUACACGCAAGACAAAGUCACUUCAAGAUUUCCAGAUAUUCGAUAUGGCUUCGCGUGGUCCUUGGGGUGCACUGCAGCUCCUGUUCCGUCUGAAAUUUUGGCAAAUGGCUUCUAUUGGAAGUAUUAUCAUUCUAUUGUCUCUUGCAUCUGAUGCUUUCCUGCAACAGUCUGUAAGCUAUCCUCUUCGAGUUCACCCACAGAGCAAAAACAUCGCCAGUAUUCCAUACGCUCAACACUUUAAUCUGUAUGAUAGUCUGGCAGGUCCUCCAUAUACCACUCAACCCUUGAUUGCUGCAGUCUACGACGGCGUAUUCUCCCGCAAUCUUACACGCUCAGCCUCCUCGAUUACACCAUACUGUCCUACAGGAAAUUGUACCUUUCCAGAAUACGCAUCGCUGGCAGUCUGCUCAAACUGCCAUAAUGUCUCUUCGCUCCUACGAGUCACACAUGAACCCGACCAGAUCAGUGGGAUAUCCAAAUACUCUCUUCCAAAUGGCCAUAGCCUGACAAGCGAAUCAACAAUUUUUGGGUACCUAAGCAUCAAUGCAUCCACCGGCCCUUCUACCCUACGAUCGAAUCACCUUGAACUCAACUCAGACACUCUCUCCAAAUAUCAGUCACCUGGAACAAUCACAAAUGUUUCCGUGAUUACCGGAGGAGAUCCCUCCGAGCCCUGGGCUUACACCGCCUGGGACUGUGUUUUGGCCUUUUGUGCCAAGUCCUAUCAAGCCAGCCAAUCGCUCAGCUACUUCAAUGAAACACCACUGGAUGUUUUCGAGGGUCUACAAUCUGCGACUUUUUCCCUGAAUAGUACCGACGAUCUCGAAACAUUCUUCUUCGAUGUCCCCUCCACAUAUCUUACAACUAUUGGCAGUAGGAACCGUACGUUUUCUGUGAAUACGCCUUCGUUGGAAGCUCUUCAAGAUUCGCUAGGAACAACACUCCUAGGUGAUACUGGGAGGAAUGAGAUGGGCCAGUUUGCUUUCACAAACGGGAUCGCACAGGGCUUCUACAACAACGGGGUCAAAAAUGUAAAGACAACUUUCGCUAACAUUGCAGAUGCACUGACGAAUGCAAUGCGGGUGAAUUCUCAAGAGCAUGUUGAGGGCACUGUCCUAGUCGUGGAACCAUUCAUUCAAGUCCAGUGGCUAUGGUUGUUGUACCCUUUUAUCGUGGUGACCUUGAGCAUGGUAUUCUUGGGUUUAACCGUGUGGCGGACCCGGCGAAGCGAGGUUCCAAGUUGGCGGAGUAGUAUUCUUGCCGUUAUGGAACAUGGUGUCAACUCAUCGAUACAGGAAGACACAAGCAGUGACUUACACAACGGAAUCAAUGGUGAUCUGGCUACAGCUGCGGGUAAGGAGAAGGUCGGUGAUCUAGAGGUUUGGGCGGAAGAGGUUUCGGUACGGCUUCGUAGCAGAGGUCUCUGGGGCAAAGGUUUUGGGUUGACAGUCACCUGA